GAAGUGCAGUUCGGCAAUAUAGGACAAGUAGAUGCAUGUGUGGGAGCGCACAGAAAAGCGGAAUAAACCAAGUAACGAUAGCUCAGUCGGCAAACCAGUGUGUUUUAAUGACCCGACAUUUAGAAAGAGAGAAUAUAGGGAGAGAAGGAGACAGGAAGACGUUCAAACUGCUUUACUUUCCUGUCGGGGUGUUUAUUUAGGCUAUCCGCCCGCAACCUCAACAAGAAGACGCAGCCUUUGCGGAAUAGUCACAUUGAAGACGACACGUGUGGAUGCUUAACCACAUGUUUCCCGGGAGGACUGCGGUCUGAUUUCUUUUUGUAGUCAUUGUUGGAUUGUUUUUUUUGUAUAUAUAGCCUAUAUAUAUAUAUAGCUACUGUUUCUUUUCUCCACUCGGAUGAUGUCAGAGGUUGAUGUCUCCGCAGACUGUGACCCCAGCAGCCGCCCACCGGGGCGGACAGAGGACACGUUGAAAGAGAACCAGGAGAACAGGACUUUACUGAUGGUGGCAAUGGUUCUGUUGGACUUAAACAAAUACAACCCUAACGCUAUCAGCGCUGCAGACAGCAGAUGUCUCGGCGGCUGCGACAUAAGCGCGCAGGAGAAGGUGGUGGAGCGGGGGAGUUGCCGGUUGAAUGCCGGCGGGGACAGCCGGGGCUCGGUUGCACCCAAACAGCCCCGGAGCAAGAAGGCGGCGGCGGUGAGACAGGAGUGUCCUGAGAAGAGACACUGCUGUCCUUUUACUGGCUGUGGGAAGAUGUACGGGAAGUCGUCCCACCUUAAAGCCCACCUAAGGGUGCACACCGGUGAGCGCCCCUUCGAGUGCACCUGGCCAGACUGUGGCAAGAAGUUCUCUAGAUCAGACGAGCUGACGCGUCACUACCGCACACACACGGGCGAGAAGCGCUUCAACUGUCCAAUGUGUGACAAGUGCUUCAUCAGGAGCGACCACCUGACUAAACAUGCCCGGCGACACGCAGGCUUCCAUCCCAGCAUGCUCCAGGGCUCCAGUGCGGCCAAGAGACGGCGCAUGUCCGUGUCCUCCUCUGACUCUGGAGACCAAAGCCCUGUUGGGGUGUGAGACACGCCCGCACUGCUGUACAUACAUAAAGGUACAGGCAGUAGAUACAGAGGCACAUAUAAACAUAGACAAACCCAAAUGUGCGGUGCGUGCACCUUUUACACAAAUCCCGUCAAAUGAAUCAACUCAACCAGCCAAAACCAAUUUUUUAAAAGUUCUAUGCAUGUAACACUGUGCAA